UUGUAUUCAUCUGUAGUGGCACACACUUCCGAGUAUUAUAUAUACAUAUAGGUCUUUCUUUGAGAGAGGCAGAGAGAAGGCCACUCUUCACAGAAAAAAAGAGAGGGAGAAGUCAGACAAGUUCUUGGAUAAGGAAAGAGUAAUGGAGGAGUCAUUUCAAGAGGAUGAGGUGAUGGAAGUGGCUUUGCGAGGGAGGCGUCCUCGCCAAGACAGUCAGUCAUCCACCACUAUAUCGACAACAUCAACUAAUGGUGACACAGACGUCCAUGAUCCUGUCGAUUCCUCCAUGACUGCAAAUGGAUCGGCUGAAUUAAUCAAUCAAGAGCAAAAUGGAAAACAGGAGACUUCCAUUUUCGUUAACAAAGGCACUGAAUCUAUUGAUGGGUUCCAUGGAUUGAAAGAUGCCAUUGUUGAUAUUGUAUAUUCAAAGCCUGAAAGGUUCUUCCCGGAAGUAUCAAGCCUUCCUCCUUCCAAAGUGUCGCUGGAGGAACAGAUCGUACCGGUCAGUUCCACCAACCAGGGGACAACAGGACAUGGAGAUAUCAGCCACAUCAAAGAAGUCGCAGAACUGUAUCUUGAAAGGGUUUUUGAGAAGCCUGCUGCUCAUGAAUUCUACUGUCCUAACUGUAAAUCUUGCAUCAAGAAGGUUAUAAUUCGCGGUAAUGAAGAGGGCAGUAGAGAUGCACAACGCCCUGGGCCAGUUAAAACAUUCAGAUGCACAUCAUGCUUCAGUUUUCUCAUACCAAUAGGCAAUUGGUUCUUCCCUAAUUUGGUACCGAAAGGUGAAGAAGAUACACUGCAUCAUGAGAAAGACACUGUGCAAGUUCCAUCACCCGAUUCAUCAACAUACAAAUCUCCAUCUGGUGGAACACCACCACUUGAUCAAACCAAAGCUCCAUCGAGUGAAACAGUACAUGAUGAAGAUACCAACGCCUCAGUGAUGAACCGAAUUCGAUCACCUGUUGCGACAACGGUAAAUCAAGAACAAAUUUAUGGAACUACUGGUCCCCAGGAAGCUGACAGGAUUAAUGCAGCCUCCUCAAAGCAAGGCUCUAAACCACUUGAAGUAAUAAUUGUUGGAGGAAGAAAAGUAGAUGAUGCAGGGCCCGAAGCAGAACCUCCUUUGAGCAGGCCAGACAUUGCUGAUUCAACUGAGGGAACAACAGAUUCUGAACUAAGAGGUGCUAAGAAAUUGGAAAUAGUGAAAAGCAUUGUCUAUGGCGGUUUAAUUGAAUCUAUUACAAGUCUAAGUGUUGUGACAUCUGCUGCUGGUGCUGAAGCUACCACAUUGAACAUUAUAUCUCUGUCGCUGGCAAACUUGAUUGGUGGAAUUUUCAUUAUUGCUCACAGUCUUUCGGACUUGAAAAGUGAGCAACCUAGAGGGGCCUCCAGUCAAACAAAUGAGCAAGUUGAUCGCUAUCAACAACUUCUGGGACGGAGAGAAAAUUUCUUACUUCACGCCACCAUUGCUUUGUUAUCAUUUCUUGUUUUUGGUAUAGUACCGCCUGCAGUGUAUGGUUUCACAUUCAUGGAGACUGAUGACAAGAAUUUCAAGCUAGCAGCAGUGGCUGUAACUUCUCUUUUAUGCAUUACCAUACUUGCUAUCGGAAAGGCUUACAUCCAGAAUUCGCCCAAACCCUACUUGAAGACUGUGCUGCACUACUUUGUUACUGGAAUUAUGGCUUCAGGAGUUUCAUACGUCGUAGGGGACCUUGCCAAAAAGUUAUUUGAAAAGCUUGCCUGGUUCGAGCCAGGAGAAGCUGUCCCUGUGCGUCUUGCUGAGAUGAGUUCAGGGAGACUGGCAUGGGCAUCUUAUUGAUGUCAGGAUUGAUCACAAAAAAAUUCUGUUUGAGGAUUUGCUUGGAAUAAAUGCUGUCAAGCUGAUUGUUUGCUUCUAAGAGUCAAAAACAAAGGUUGGAAUUUUCAUUUGGCAGCUCUAUUGUUGCCAUGCAUGUUUAUUUAGCACUGUUGGUCUCCAUAUUUGUUGUUACAUUUUGAGGGUUAAACACUUUUGAACGAUUGCUGCGCCUCUUUCUUUGAUGAUUUAAUGAGACUUUGAUUAUGUUUUA